CUUUCCGCCAAAGGAAAGAAAGUGACAACCGGAAACUGGAUGUCAUUUUGUGUCUGUUUCCAAGCUCUUCAAGAGUUCAAAUACGAAACGAACUCUCUCCUUCUUCUUCUUCCUGCCCAUAAUCACCCGCCGCCGCCGUAGCUGACGACUCUGGAGAGAUAACCCAGAAAAAAGGUUUCUUCUUUUCUUUAUUUGUCCGUAAUGGAGGCGCCGCUGCUCCAAUCCCGCGGUACAAAUCACGGCCGGAAAGAAGGAAAUGAUGACGACAACAAGGAAUUCGAUUCGUCCGUUCUCGGGGACUUCGGAAACGAGUCUCGUACGCUAUGGAAGAUCGCCGGCCCGGCCAUCUUCACCUCCAUUUCUCAGUACUCCCUCGGCGCCCUCACGCAGACGUUCACCGGCUUCGUCGGCGAGCUCGAGCUCGCCGCCGUCUCCGUCGAGAAUUCCGUCGUCGCGGGGCUCGCCUUUGGCGUCAUGCUGGGAAUGGGGAGCGCAUUGGAGACGCUAUGUGGGCAAGCCUACGGAGCAGGGCAGAUCAGGAUGCUGGGGAUUUACAUGCAGCGAUCAUGGGUUAUUCUUUUGACCACCGCUUGUUUGCUGGUUCCUGUUUACAUUUGGUCUCCUCCAAUCCUUACAUUCUUCGGAGAGACCUCUGAGAUAUCCAAUGCCGCAGGGGAAUUCGCGAUAUGGAUGCUGCCGCAGUUAUUCGCUUACGCAUUGAACUUCCCGAUCCAGAAGUUCCUGCAGGCGCAGAGCAAAGUGAUGGUGAUGGCCUGGAUCUCCGCGGUAGUUCUAGUCCUGCACACCUUCUUCAGCUGGCUGCUGAUUCUGAAGCUCGGCUGGGGACUGGUGGGUGCCGCGCUGGUGCUCAAUGCUUCCUGGUGCAUCAUAGUCGUAGCACAAUUGGGCUACAUUUUCAUCACUGGGUCCGACGGAGCCUGGAAUGGCUUCUCGUGGCUCGCGUUUUCGGACCUCUGGGGUUUCGUCAAGCUCUCUCUAGCCUCUGCAGUCAUGCUAUGCUUGGAGUUUUGGUACUUGAUGGUCUUGGUUGUUAUAACGGGCAGAUUGCCGAACCCUCUGAUCCCUGUGGAUGCCAUCUCAAUUUGGUAUUCUUCCCUUUUUUCAUCAAUCCUGUUCACAAUCCUGAAAAUCCAGUGUCUUAUCGUCAGGGUGUCGAACGAGCUGGGAGCAGGGAACGCUCGAGCAGCGAAAGUGUCGGUCGUGGUAGUAUCAGCUACGUCGGUCGCGAUAGGGGUGGUAUGUAUGAUCGUGGUAUUCGCGACGAGAGGUUCGUUCCCCGAGCUGUUCACCAGCAGCGCAGCGGUUGCUCAGGAGACGAGGAGGCUUGCUGGGUUGCUGGCGUUCACUGUGCUGCUCAACAGCCUUCAGCCUGUUUUAUCUGGUGUCGCUAUUGGAGCUGGAUGGCAAUCUCUGGUGGCUUACAUCAAUAUUGGAUGUUAUUACAUAGUUGGGUUGCCUGCUGGGAUUCUUCUGGGUUUCACGUUUGGUUUUGGAGUUGAGGUAAACAGAUUUUCUCCUCCUUUCAGAGAGACAGAUAUGUAAUCUGACUUGAUAUGUCGAGAGUGAUAGCGUAAGUUGAUAUCGCGUCAGAUUGCGUUUAACGAUCAUGCACUCCAAAACAACGGUACAAUCUUAUUACACACUCUCAAGUCUCAACAUUCGAGAGUCGUUUUCUUAUCUGCGUGCAGGGGAUAUGGACAGGAAUGAUUGCAGGAAUAGUUUUGCAGACCAUAAUUCUGGUGGUGAUCACUGCAAUAACUGAUUGGGAAUCUGAGGCUGCAUUAGCUGAGGGUCGGGUUAAGAAAUGGGGAGGAUCAUCAGGAAGUCACUAGGAAGACGUUGAAAAUUUGUUGCUUUCUGGUGUUUCUUCCUUCUUUCACCCCUUGUUAUUGUUAUCUGUAAAUGAGCAAGUGUAUAACUCAUGGGCAAGCAACCGCAUUAAUCCUCUCAGUUCCAUCCAUUUUUGAACAUAGGCAUACAGAAAAAAGGGAAAAGAGGGAUGUUGUUCUUGAAGAAACGAUUCAUGAAUGAUAAUAACAAUGAUGGGUUAAAUGUUCAGAUAAACUCAUGUUGUAAGGGGAUUGAAAAGAGAUAAAAGAUAAUAAACUGAAAAAAAAUCGUCGAAGAAUGAGGGUGGCCAUCUAUUG